AUGAAGAGGCGCUCGUCGGGUUUGACCGACGACAGUGACGAACCUCCUCCCGACCCUCCUCCUGCUGCUGAUAUCCUUCACCAUCAAUACCGACAGCCUACCAGGAGUCAAAACUCUUCACCACCGCCCCGCGAUUCCAAGCAGCCCGCCUUUGCUGCCGCUACCGUGGCCGCAGCUGCCGCUGCAGUUGUUGCUGCCCCGAGGUCAUCUUCCGCAAGGAGUAGCAGUAGGCUCUCUAGCCACUCCAAUUGGAAGCUUGAACAUGGCCCAAAUGCAAAUGGAUCACAAGAUAACCAUUCCUUGACUACGUCUUCCUUGCCGCUGCCCCUCUCGUCCCCAUCGCAGGACGCGCCAUCGGCAGCCUACCGAAAUAACCAGCGUCAACUCCCAAACCACAGUCACUCCCAAGUUAUCAGCGACGAACGCGACAUCGUCAACCUGCGAGACGACCAGGACGACGACGACGACCAGGACGACGACGACGACAUCCCUCGAACUGACCAGAUUGCAAUGAGUAACGAGAAGAUGCCCGACGUGCGCUUCGCAGGUCGCCGCUCCCGAUCUCGCGGUCCUUGGUCCAUCACUAUUUUCGCUUUGGCUGUCACCGUUCUUGGCAUCACACUACUUUGCGCCAUAUUGAAUUCCUCUUGGACUCGCCAGCUCGACGCAAAGGGAUGUCGUAUGUCGUACAUGCGGCCCUCUUAUAUUCGAUUGCGGGACUUUGACACGGAGCACACUCGCUUUGCGACAAAGUACUCUCUAUAUCUGUACCGUGAGCAGGGCGUCGACGACGAAAGAAAGUUGAGAGGUGUUCCUGUGCUUUUCAUACCAGGAAACGCCGGAAGCUACAAGCAGGUUCGGCCGAUAGCCGCCGAGGCUGCGAAUUACUUCCACGAGUCUCUCCAACACGAUGAGGCCGCUACUGCCGCAGGCGCUCGCAGUCUCGAUUUUUUUACUGUCGACUUCAACGAGGACAUCACAGCCUUUCACGGACAGACCAUGUUGGAUCAGGCAGAGUACUUGAACGAGGCCAUCAGAUAUAUUCUAUCUCUGUAUAUGGAUCCACGCAUGUCUACGCGUGACCAAGACUUGCCGGAUCCUACGUCUGUCCUUGUUCUGGGCCACUCCAUGGGUGGUAUCGUUGCUCGCACCAUGCUCAUUAUGCCAAACUACCAGUCGAACUCGAUCAACACCAUCAUCACCAUGUCCGCUCCCCACUCGCGUCCUCCCGUGAGUUUUGACGGGCAGAUUGUUAAGAUCUAUGACGAUAUCAACGACUAUUGGCGACAUGCAUACUCCCAAAAGUGGGCCAACAACAAUCCAUUGUGGCACGUUACUCUCGUCUCGAUUGCUGGCGGUGGCUUAGACACCGUUGUUCCCUCCGACUAUGCUAGUGUCGAGUCGAUAAUCCCCGAGACGCAUGGUUUCACCGUCUUCACCACCGGCAUACCUGGUGUAUGGACUAGUAUGGACCACCAGGCCAUUCUGUGGUGCGACCAAUUUCGCAAAGUCGUUGCUCGUGCCAUGUACGACGUCGUUGAUGUCCACAGAUCUUCGCAAACCAAGCCGAGGGCGGAGAGGAUGAGGGUCUUCAAGAAAUGGUUCCUUACCGGCAUGGAGUCCAUCGCGGAGAAGACCCUGCCUUCGGAGGGGCCAAGUACCCUGCUCACUCUCGAGGACAGCUCGAAUGCGAUUAAAGCACAAGGCGAACGCUUAAUCUUGCGACAACUUGGGCGCGAACCGAAGCCGCAAGCCCAUUUGCUUCCGGUGCCUCCCCAGGGAUCUCCAGAAGGCAAGCGUUUUACUCUUCUAACCGACACCCCAUUGGAUAGACCAGGAGAACAUGGGAGACUGGAGAUUUUGUUUUGCAGCGUUUUCCCACUACAACCGGGCCAAGCGACCACCUUGUUCACCAUGAACAUGGACCUCUCAGAAGGCAGCACUCGGUCGACCAGAUUGGCAUGCAAGAACGCUGCGUCCGACGCUAUCAUAUUGCCCCCUUCGACACGAUUUCGUCAUGAACCGUUCUCCCUGGACAACGAGCCGGCGGCGAGGCCCUUCUCGUAUCUUCAGUUCGAUAUCGAAGACAUAGCGGAUCAUCAGUUUGUGGUCAUUGUUGACAAGGCUGUGAGGCCGACCGAAAGCUUCGUGAUAGCCGAAUUCAGUGACUAUUCUCAGUCUCACAGACGGCGGAAUAUCAGCCUGCGCCGACUACUCGCAUUUGGGAUGACGCUGCGACUCCCAUCGAACCGUCCCAUGGUUGCGGAAAUCAAUAUACCUACGCUGCAAUCCAGCCUCUUGGCUUUCAAGUUGGAGAUUGGGAACCAAGCGUGCGGCAACACACCGGAGCUCUUCUCUCCCCUGAUUCGACAGCACCUGGCUCAGCCCUACGAGUCCAAGUUUUUCGUCAACGCGAGACAUGCCAGUAUCAGCAUGCACGGCGUCGCCCCGUUUGUUCCGCCUCCCCUGAGGCUCAAGGGACACGAUGAACAGGGCCUCAGUCUUCAGUUUUGGACUGAUCCGACAUGCGAAUCUACCAUCCAAGUCAAACUAACGGUUGACGCAUUAGGCAGCUUGGGCAAGCUGUACAUGCGCUACCGAACUGUAUUCGCAGCAUUCCCACUGCUUGUGGUGACCCUCGUGCUUCGCAAGCAGUUCCGGGUUUAUGAUACCACCGGCACGUUCAUCUCCUUUUCCGAGAGUCUCGAUCUCUGCCUGCGGCAAUCCGUACCUCUUAUGCUCCUCUCUCUGACGUUCCUUUCCUUGUCAAUGACAGGAUCCUGGUCGUCAGGGCCGGCUGUAUUUUGGCACUGGCGCAACGCAACGUCUACAGGAGCCGAUUUUCACAGCAAUGACCUUCUCACGGGCACACAGGAUCCUUUUUUCUGGUUCUUGAUCCCUCUCAUUGGAGUCGUUUGCAUCGGUGUAUGCGCAGUCCUUCACUAUGUCACCCUGGCUUUGACUCAGCUCCUUGGCAUCGUCUACGCGUGGGUGGCCCUCCAACCCUUCGGCCAGGCGCGAGAUGAGCGCCGACGAGCGCAGUUGCCAAUUUUUGUCUCCUCGUCUCCUCGACGACGCAUGGUCACCACGGCGGUUCUUCUGUUCCUGGUGUCCACCUUCAUCCCCUACCAAUUUGCGUACUUGGUAGCGUGCCUUGUCCAGCUCUUCACCGUCGUUCGCGCGCUGCGGAUUGCCUCAGAGCUCAAGUCUGGGACGAAUUACGAUUUCUACCAUUACGCCCACUCAAUUUUGCUGCUCAUGCUCUGGGUCCUCCCUAUCAACCUGCCAAUACUGGCUGUGUGGAUUCGCAACCUCGCCGUUCAUUGGCUUACACCCUUCUCCUCGCACCACAAUGUCCUCUCUAUCAUGCCCUUCAUUCUUCUCGUGGAGAACUUGACGACGGGAAAGAUGGUGCCUAGAGUCACCGGGAGGAUGAGACAUCUCACCAGCGUGCUUCUUUUUGGUACGGCUAUUUACGCUGCCAUCUACGGCGUUUCCUACGCCUACAUGCUACACUAUCUUGUCAACCUGAUAGCGGCAUGGUUGGUUGUGAUCCAUUCGACCGCUGAUAACUGGCCUCUCGCUGGGUUCAGUUCAAUAUUCGAAAGCAGUCAUCUCGAAGCCCGUAAGCGUGGCAAGACACCUUGA